UGUAGGGUCUUUGGAAACGCGCGAUCCUGCAGUGACUUAACCUCAAAAAAUUACAUGUAACGCCACUCCGACGUUCCGAAGCUUUCAAGUUUCAGCUUGAUAUUCGGCGUCGUGCGGCGUACGCUGGUUUUCGAAAUAGAAUUUUUGGAUUUCGUGUUAAUUUUUUCCCAUCGACCGAAUCAGUUGUUACAUUCAUUGAAGUACGGAAUCCAUAAUUGUCACUCACAAACAUGGCCAAGUUCGAUUUGACGAGCAAGAUGACCAAAUACCUGGACCGGCAUUUGGUCGCCCCGCUGCUGGAGUUCUUGUGGGCGAAAAAGAUCUACAACGAGAAUGAAAUUUUGCAAGCCAAAUUAGACAUUCUUAAUAAGACUAACAUGAUGGAUUAUGUUAUCGAAAUUUACAAACAGUUGAAUCCUGAAAAAGAAGUACCCGAGGAAAUGAAAACUAGAAGAGAUCAAAUUGUAUCUCAGCUGAAUCAAUUUCAAAGUGAAGUUGAUGUUGUGAUGAAUUUCCUUAAAGAUGAUAAAGUCAUGAAAAAUAUGGAAACUAUGCGGGAUCCUAAAACACUGUCGACUUAUUUGACUAAUGAAUUCAACUUUAAAGUAGAAAUGAUGGAAAGUAUGUACAAAUUUGCCAAGUACCAUUACGAUUGUGGAAAUUACGCUGGUACAACAAGUCAUUUGUACUUUUAUUUAUUAGUUAUGUCGCCUACUGAUAAGAACUACUUGAAUGUUCUUUGGGGAAAAUUAGCAUCUGAAAUUCUUAUUCAAAAUUGGGAAACUGCUCUUGAAGAUUUAAACAAACUGCGAGAGUACAUUGAUUCCAAUACUAAUGGUUCUCCAUUGCAUUUGCUACAACAACGAACUUGGUUAAUUCAUUGGAGUCUAUUUGUGUUUUUCAAUCAUGUCAAGGGACGUGACCUUAUUAUUGACAUGUUUCUGUACAGGCCAAACUAUUUAAAUGCUAUUCAAACCAUGUGUCCACACAUUCUUCGCUACUUGGCCACUGCAGUAAUCAUCAAUCGUUCCAGAAGAGCAGCUAUGAAGGAUCUUGUUAAGGUUAUUCAACAGGAAUCAUAUACCUACCGUGACCCUAUAACUGAACUUCUAGAAAAUCUCUACGUUAACUUUGAUUUUGAAGGAGCUAGAGACAAAUUACACGAAUGCCAAAUUGUUCUUUUUAAUGACUUCUUUUUGACUGCGUGCCUUGAUGAUUUUGUAGAAAAUGCUCGUUUGAUGAUUUUUGAAACAUUUUGUCGUAUUCAUCAGUGCAUUAGUAUUGGCAUGUUAGCUGAGAAGCUUAAUAUGAACCCAGAGGAGGCUGAAUGCUGGAUUGUAAACCUCAUCAGGAAUGCCAGGUUAGAUGCAAAGAUUGACUCAAAACUUGGACAUGUUGUUAUGGGGACACAACCAUUAUCUCCCUAUCAACAGCUUUUAGAGAAAAUAGAUACAUUAUCAGUAAGAUCAGAAGCACUACAACAACUCAUCGAAAGAAAAGUCAAAGCUAAAACUCAAGAACAAGAUCCACUUUGGUACAAUCCUUGAAAAGCUGUUAAUAAUGUUAUUAAAAUAACUUUCAAUUCAUUUGCUGAAUUUUUUUGAAAACCUGAAACCCCUCGAAAUCCAUUUAAAAUUAAUUAACAGUAAUAAGAUAAUAUUAUCAUUUAAGAUCAGGUGUGGAUGCUCCCAAGUAGUUGUGUAAAUCUUGAAUAUUUGAAGAUACCAAUUUUACUUUUACUGUGUCUUUUUUUAAACGUUUGUGAGCUUCAUACCGAUGACAUCCACCAAAUGAAUAAAAGUAAUUACCACCCUCUCUUCCUACUAUCCAUAGCACGUCUAUUGGUGGUACUGAAUCUGUGAGAUCUGGAUCCUAAAUCAAAAACUUUUUAUUAUAUUAUCUGUAAAAUAAGUUUGUACAUUUAAAUUUAAGAAAAAGCAUAUUUUAUUUAUGCAAAUAAACAAUUUUUUAUAUUUUAUUCAGUAAAAUGUGUAUAUUGUUUCCUUUAAAAUAAGUAGAACAUAAAACUUCCAAUAUUUUUUGUUUUGAUUGUUACUGUUUAUUUGAUGUAUAAUUUUUUUGAUUUUUUUUUUUUUGUACUUUUACAUCAUUAAAUAUUGUAAUACACUUACUGACAAAGUAUCCAUUAAACUCUUAACCUUUCCUUCAUCUACUUGUGGUGGAAUUGGUCGUAUGAUUUCAUUAA